AUGCAACAGCACUGCAACUCCUCACGUUCUGCAUCUCGAAGCCCUGGUGCUCUACAGCAGCAGGUGGAGGAGCAACAGAAGCAGCAACAGCGAGAGCAUCAGCAACAAGAGGCAGUUGACCCGGGUUACCGUUUGUGGGAGGGGAACAAACGGAAGGUCGGAAGCGAAAAUGACGUGCCCAGGGACACGGCUGACUGGGAUUUGCUCAGAAGUUGGCUGCCGCCGCAGCUGCGAAAAUCGCAGCAGAAAAAGUUGCCAUAA